AGUAAUGGGAAAUGGUGCUUGCUGUCGACAAGGCAAGUAAUUUGAUAAAAUACUUGAUCGAUACCAGAACGAAUCGCUAGCAGUUUAAUGACAAAAUGAGUGUGGAUGCAUACGGACCGAGCUCCCAAACACUCACGUUUUUGGACACCGAAGAUGCAGAUUUAAUAGGAGCGGAUACUCAGGGCUCCGAAUGUGACUUUACCGAUUUUACAAUUCCCUCGCAGACACAGGCCUCCCAACAUGACCAUGCUGGCCCCAAAGUGUCUGGAGUACAGGUAAAUAACAACAUUGUCAACAAAAUCGCAGCUACAACCAAUGCUUUGGGAGAACUACAAUUUGAGGAAGAUGAUGAAGAGGGAUAUUUCAAUACUAAAGAACUGCCCGAUUAUGCCUGCAAGUACUGUGGCAUCCAUGAACCAAACUGUGUUGUUAUGUGCAACCUCUGUAAGAAGUGGUUCUGUAAUGGGAGAGGAAAUACUUCCGGAAGUCAUAUCAUCAAUCAUUUGGUAAGAGCCAAACAUAAGGAAGUUACCCUCCACAAAGAUGGGCCAUUGGGAGAGACAAUUUUAGAGUGUUACAGUUGUGGAGUUCGUAAUGUUUUUGUUUUGGGUUUCAUACCAGCUAAAGCAGAUUCUGUAGUUGUUCUACUCUGCAGACAACCUUGUGCUGCUCAAAACUCGCUUAAGGAUAUGAAUUGGGAUCAAGAACAAUGGAAACCUUUGAUUGCUGACCGUUGUUUUUUGACGUGGUUAGUCAAGAUACCUUCAGAACAAGAACAAUUACGUGCUAGACAAAUUUCAGCCCAACAAAUCAAUAAAUUAGAAGAAUUAUGGAAGGAAAAUGUCGAUGCCACUUUCCAAGAUCUAGAAAAACCCGGUGUAGAUGAAGAGCCACAACAGGUACUUCUCCGUUAUGAAGACGGUUACCAAUACCAAAACAUCUUUGGUCCAUUAGUAAAGCUAGAAGCCGACUACGAUAAGCGCCUCAAAGAAUCCCAAACUCAAGAAAACAUCGAAGUUCGCUGGGACGUAGGCUUGAAUAAGAAAACUAUCGCAUAUUUCACCCUCGCCAAAACCGAUGGAGAUAUGAAAUUGAUGCAUGGAGAUGAAUUAAGAUUGAGAUACGUUGGAGAAAUGCACAAAACAUGGGCGGGAGUCGGACAUGUCAUUAAAGUGCCCGAUAAUUACGGCGAAGAUAUAGGAAUUGAGUUGAAGAACGGUUCUGGGGCCCCUGUGGAUUGCUCAAGUAACUUUGUUGUAGAUUUCAUUUGGAAGAGUACCAGUUUUGAUAGAAUGCAGUUGGCCCUUCGAAAGUUCGCUGUCGACGAUGCUUCAGUUUCUGCUUACAUAUACCAUCGUCUAUUAGGUCACGAAGUGGAGGAAGUUUUAUUUAGAUGUCAUCUCCCUAAACACUUUUCGGCUCCCAAUUUACCCGAUUUGAACCGAUCACAAGUUUAUGCCGUGAAGCACGCACUACAACGCCCUCUAUCGUUAAUCCAAGGUCCACCGGGAACUGGAAAGACUGUAACAUCCGCCACUAUCGUUUACCAACUUGUUAAACAAAAUGGAGGACCGGUUCUAGUAUGUGCUCCUAGCAACACCGCUGUCGACCAACUUACGGAAAAAAUCCACAAAACUAACCUCAAAGUUGUCAGAUUGUGCGCAAAGUCGAGAGAAGCAAUUGACUCCCCCGUUAGCUUUUUAGCAUUACAUAAUCAAAUUAGGAAAAUGGAAGGCAAUACAGAACUACAAAAGUUGCAACAACUGAAAGACGAAACGGGUGAACUGAGUUCUGUAGAUGAAAAGCGUUACCGAAUGUUAAAGAAAAUGGCUGAGAAGGAACUGUUAGAAGCUGCCGAUGUUAUCUGUUGUACUUGUGUAGGUGCUGGUGAUCCUAGACUGGUCCGACUCAAAUUCCAUUCUAUAUUGAUUGAUGAAAGUAUGCAGGCUACCGAACCCGAAUGUAUGGUACCCGUAGUCCUCGGCGUCAAGCAGCUUAUUCUCGUAGGUGAUCACUGCCAAUUAGGACCUGUAGUAAUGUGCAAGAAAGCUGCUAGAGCCGGUUUGUCGCAGAGUUUAUUCGAAAGACUGGUAGUACUAGGUAUCCGACCGUUCCGUCUAGAAGUCCAAUACAGAAUGCAUCCAGAACUAUCCAGGUUCCCUUCCAACUUCUUCUACGAAGGUAGUUUACAGAACGGAGUUAGCGCGGAAGAGAGGAAGCUAGCGAAAAUCGAUUUUCCUUGGCCUAUUCAAGACAGGCCUAUGUUUUUCUUAGUUACGCAAGGCCAGGAGGAAAUUGCCGGGUCCGGAACUAGUUAUCUGAAUAGAACUGAAGCUUCGAAUGUUGAGAAAAUUGCGACUAGAUUUUUAAGAUCGGGCGUAAAACCCGAACAAAUAGGUGUCAUUACCCCGUACGAAGGUCAAAGGGCGUAUUUAGUGCAAUACAUGCAAUACCAAGGAUCUCUGCAUAGCAAACUUUACCAAGAAAUCGAAAUAGCUAGCGUAGACGCUUUUCAAGGUCGUGAGAAGGACAUAAUUAUCAUGUCUUGCGUACGUUCCAAUGAACAUCAAGGAAUAGGAUUCUUGAACGAUCCUCGUAGGUUAAAUGUUGCUUUAACUAGAGCCAAAUACGGAAUAAUAAUUGUAGGAAAUCCCAAAGUGUUGUCCAAACAACCGCUAUGGAAUCAUCUGUUGUCUUUCUACAAAGAACAGAAAGUCUUAGUCGAAGGUCCACUCACGAAUUUGAAGGAAUCGCUCAUUCAAUUCGCCAAACCUAAGAAGUUGAUCAAUUCUGAUAAUCCCGGCUCGCACUUUAUGACCACUUCUACGUUUGAUGCCAGAGAAGCUAUGGUACCCGGAAGUGUAUAUGACCGCAGUGCUAACCAGACAAUGAACGGGCAGUUCAAUUAUCCAAGCCACAGGGGCGUGCCAUUAGACGUUUUUGGUAGAACUCACGAUCCAAUCAGCUACAUAUCACCUGAACGUGCUCAAGCCAGUAUGAACCUACCAGUACCGGUUGGAAUGUUCAUGAACAUGGCCCAUAUUCCUCCCAGAUUCUACAACCAACACCAACAAGCGUUACAGGCUCGACAGCAGCAAAACCAUCGCAACAGAAAACCGCCUCAGAGACAGAAGGGCAAAGGCGGUAAUCUUAGUCAAGAUCACACCCAACCAUUCAGUCAAAGUCUACAACUGACACAAGGCAUGUCACAACCUGGUUUGUCUCAACCUGGCUUCAGUUUGAGUCAACCUGGAUUAUCACAAGCUGAACUCAGCCAAGAUCCCUACAUGGCGGAAUACCAAUCGCAAAUGGAUGGAUUGUUGUCACAAGAUUCUACAUACCAGGGAGAUAGGUCAGCCUUCUACCAGCCAAGUGCCCAGUUCUCCCAGCCCUAUUGAUCGAGUUCGGCAGAAGAAUGACAAUAGAAUCGCGGGAGCGGUCUUCUGAAAAUUUGCAAGUGAAUGAGAUCUGAUCGUCAAAUUGUCAGUAACGCAGCAAAACAAGGUCACAAGAUGUCGACAACGGAAUAACAUAAAAAAACAAAUUCGACACGAAGAGAGAUAUUACACACACAAUAAUAAAACGUAAAAAAAAUACUAGAGAAGCGAACACGGGAAGUGAGACGCGUGUUGCGCAUUUCUCCAUAUUUUGUAUCCUCCAAAUCGAAAGGGGGAACGAAGCUCUUCCCUGUAGGUGACGUUUUCACACCGCUGUGACUAAGAUACAUUUAUUUACAUCAAUUGUAACUUAUUUUAAGCUUUUAUUUUAAAUUUAAUGUUUUUUAUUAAGUUUAUUUUCUGUUGGGCGUUUGUACAGGGGGUUUAACUGUAUUAUUUGGGAAGAGUUUGGUAACAGAAUAAGUAGAACGAAGAAAAUGGUUUAAUGUUUUCCUAAAUUGAUGUAGUCCUUUAACGUUUAUUAGUUUUUGCUUCGAGUGGUUGCAAUGUGGAUCAGAUAUGAAUUAUCUUGGUUUGCUAUGGUAUUUUAGUGGUUGAAAUGUUAGAUGAAGGCUAAAAUCACUUCGAUGUUGUUCGAGUACGUUAAGAUGAGACAUUACCCUAAAAACUACAAUUUAAUGAGGGCGUUGGAUUGUUUUAGAAGGUUUUGCAGUGCAAGAGGUUUCACAUAACACUCCUUGUAGAAGUAAUCAACGAAAUAACUUCUGAAAACCUCCUUUUAUCCUAAAAAAUCGAAAUCCUUUAAUUUUAUAGAACUGAAGAGAACUUUACUUGAUCUUAUUUCAUUAUGAUUUACACAGUAUUUACUUAUCAGGGCAUAUUUUACCUCCCUGUGGCUGUUCUUGAUAUUACGGUGCAACUAACUUCAAAUGAUCAGGUAAAAACAAUUUUAAAAAAAUAAUAAUUGAGGCAGUAGGUAGAAGAAAGGCAUAUCUGCUAAAAGUGUAUUUUGAGAAACAAGCAAAGAUUUAACAUCCAUGCCUAAGGCGAACCAACACUUGCAUUGUUUAAGUGUUUUAGUUUUAAGAAUUUUCGAUCCAUUCUCCUAUUUUUGGAUAUAGGCCUCCCCUUGUUUGCUCUACUGAUGUCUAAUCAGAGUUUUGGUCUUGUAAAUUACAAGUCAUGCACAUAGCACCUUUAUACUUUAUUUUCUUAGCCCUAGAUUAAUAUUUCUGGUUAAUAAAACUUUUUUAUCUUAAAAAAUUCUCAUCUGGCUUUCUAUGUGACAUAUUUACUUCCCUUUUGAGCAUAUUUAUUACUUCUUUCCUACCUACCGACAUUUUCUUACACAACAAAAGUUUUUUUUAACAUUCAACCUUAUUCUAUGCAACUUUGUACAUAAGCCUUCCCUUGUUUUUUCCACUAGUGUCGUUAAUUAUUAUCCCACUUUAUUAUUAAAUAGUACCUGAGAAUGACUGCCUUUAAACCUCACUUGGAUCAAACUUUACCUUACUUUUUAUUUCCUUUGCGGUUUCUGUGUAGCAUUUAAACUGAUUAAAGUCAAAUUCCAAUCUAGCAACGAAAAAUUCUACGAACUGGCGCAGAGAAUAGGAUAAAUAUGUGAACAUUCAUAGCAGUGGCUUUCCAAAAAUAUUUAUCCCUGUCUUUAAAUUCACAUCGUGAAGAUAUCACAAGAAUUAGAGUGGACAAUACAAUAAAUAUGAUAAAAUCUGUAGCAGUGGCGUUCCAAAAACAUGUAUCCAAGUUAAUUAAAAGUUCCAAGUAAGAUUAUGUAAAUUUCGUAGUUAUUUUAACACUAAAAGCCAAAAUAUUGCUCGACUACUUUAUAGAACCUCUAUCAUACUGAAUAGGAACCAAAUUAGUGACUUUUUUCAAGCAACUGUAAGAAUAAACCACAAAUUUUUAUGUAUUCAAUAGUGUUUUUGAAUAUUUUUUAAAAUAGUCUAUAAAUUAUCAAUAAUUUUCCAAAGACUUCCAAAAUAUUACGGCUAACAUCCCACCAAUAAGUAAAAAAGAAACAAAGUUGUUUCGCUUUGGUAGAGACGUUAUGUCCCAAUCAGUAAAAGAAUGAAUACAAGUUUGUAUAGCUUUAUUUUUUAUUUUUCUAUUUCGGCAUAAUUGUCAGGGGUUAAUGGUUUAACUAUUGUAUUACUAGAAUCAUAUUAUGUUCUUGUUUUAUUUCGAGCAAAUAGUCCGUUUCGAGAUUGAAAAAACUCGAUUUGUUUAUUAUCGCCAUCACUCACUGCUUUUUUGUUUUGGACUUUUCCUGCAUACACCGAGCAAUCCACGUAAAACUGGACGUUUCUUGUGAGUCAAAUUUAUUUCAAAAUAAAUAAAAUGUUCAAUGU